AUGAGCAACGCUGGUAGCAUUGAACUCUAUGGAGGAACACAAGAAACUGCUGAUAACAGUUUAUUUGAUCGAUCAUUUUGGUACACUUUUGCCUUUGGUUAUGUGUUUUCAGCAACAUGGGUCACAAUUGCUCUUAUGUAUUUCUGUGUGCCUUGGGCACAACAGAAGAAGAGCAACGCAAGUUUCACAUCUUCCAACGCGGGUAGGAGUAAGAAGAUCCAUGACGCCAAUCAAGUGCCCAACCUGCUCCCUUUGUCGUUGCUCAGGAAAGGAAACCCUGUGUUGGUUUCUAGAGCACUGGACAAGUUAAUAUCUAGUGUGAGCUUCACCGAACUGUGUGAGGCAACUGAUUACUUCAACAUGAUCAAUGUUAUUGGGAUGGGAAAGACAGGGAUGAUGUAUAAGGCCAAGCUUGUUAAUGCCCCCCUAGUGGCAGUGAAGAGACUAUACGAUUCUCAACUAUUUGAAACAAAGUUUGCUAAAGAAAUCAUGAUUCUUGGGAGAUUCAAACAUAGAAACAUAGUAGGUCUUCUUGGGUUUUGCACAGAAAGAAAGCAAAGGAUCCUAGUGUAUGAGUUCAUGACAAAUGGUAAACUAUCUGAUUGCUUGUAUCCUUUGCAAAAUGAAGCCUUUCCAUUGGAAUGGCCAAUAAGGCUUAAAAUAGCACUUGGGUUGUCAAGGGUUUUAUCUGGUCUCCACCAUAGCUGCAAUUGGCAGAUACUCCAUCAAGGUAUAAGCUCAGAGCAUGUUUUGCUGGAUCAGAAUUUUGAGCCCAAAUUAUCGAAUUUUACAAAUGCUAAAUUCAUCAAAGGAAACAAUAAUAAGCUAGCAAAGAAGGACGUCUAUGAUUUCGGAAUUGUUCUUUUGCAACUGAUCACGGGAAACAAGUGUAUUCAAAUGAAUGGAUUUUGUAACGUCAUUGAUGAAUCUCUAUUAGGAAAAGGAUUCGACGAAGAAAUCUCUUGUCUAGUCAAGAUUGCAAUUGACUGCAUACAGAUGUCUCCACAGAUGAGGCCAACUAUGCUUGAUGUGUAUAAAAAUAUAAAAAGGUUAUGGGAAGGAUAUGGAAGUGAUGAUUGA